AUGAGCAUAAUUUUCAUAGGAAUUCAUGUCCCGAGCCACUGUAACGUUCUGAAGAAUGAAACAUCUGUUGUUGAGAGUCUCGGGUUUCAAGCAGACAUCUCUGACUUGAACAUAACAUACCAUGAAUGUGGAAUCAGCAUUACGUCAACUAUAUCUGGACAUUCGGAAGAACUUACGUGUAUAGAAGGUCGUCAGUACGAACAACCGCGGGAACUCUCACUUGUUUCUGAGUGGGACAUCGUCUGUGAAACUGAAAGUCUUGGGGACCUUCUUCAGACCCUCUUAAUGUUUGGUAUGGGUAUUGGCUCGGUCUUGUUCACAUCGUUAUCGGACACAUAUGGACGCAGGUUGUCCCUCACACUGUCUGGACUUUGUUUCUUUGCAACCAGCACUGCCAUGUCAUUUGUACCAACAUAUGCUGCUUUUGCUGUCAUGAAGGUUAUACAAGGGGCAACGGUGACGGGCGUCGCUUUAACGUCAACAACGAUCGGUCUAGAAAUCAUCCCAACCAGGCACAGAUCCAAGUUUGGGAUUAUAAGCACGCUGAUUUGGUCACUGUCGGUUGUAAUCUACGCUGUGGCGGCCUACCUGAUGAGAGAUCUCAACUGGAGGUAUCACCAGUUGGUUGCGGGCCUCACAUCAGGCUUCUAUAUACUUGUACCAUGGAUGACAGAUAAUUUAACAUACCACGGACUUAGUCUCAACGCCACACAGUUUCAUAGUGACAAAUACAUCGCCUUUGGUCUGAGUGCUGUCACAGAAGUGUUUGCUGCUGUCGCCUUCUGGCUCACAGUCGACAGUGUGGCUGUCAGCACAUUGUCGCUAAUUGGAAAAUUUGGAGCAACGACUUCAUAUACUGUGCUGUUUUUGUAUACUCCAGAACUAUUUCCAACUACAAUACGGAAUGUUGGGUUUGGUCUUGGAUCCCUCGCAGGAAGAGUAGGUGGACUAUUUGCUCCCUUUUCCAGGAUGCUGGUGAGACUUCUACUAACAGUUAUUCUAUAUUACUACACUUACCGCAAAUAUCCCUGGGCACCUGGCACUGUGUACGGUUCCUGCUGCAUCGUGGUGGCUAUCCUGGUUCGAUUUCUGCCAGAAACGAACACACACGAACUGCCGCAGACAGUUCCUGAAAUGAAGCAGUGGCUGAACCAGCAAAGAGAAUCACAGGAGAAGAAACAGAAGAAGAGCACCAUUGCAGAAAAUGAUGCUGAUAGAUAUAUUUGUAAUGAUAAUGAAAAUCACUGA